AUGGCUUAUAAAAAACCUUCACAGAAAGUAACUGUGACAUCUGAAACAGAUGACUUGGAACUGAGCGGAUCAACACUCAGCCUUCUUUCCAAUGAAGGUGAAAUCAUAUAUCUUCAAGAUCCUGAGGAUGCCCCUCAGGGUCGACACUUGGGGAUUUAUUCCACUAUCAUAUUGUUUGUCAGCAGAAUCCUUGGAUCAGGUUUCUUAGCAAUAUCAAGCGGAAUGUACACAGAUUGCGGGCAAUCUCCUUUUUAUUUCCUUCUUUCCUGGUUUGUGGCAGCGACAGUUGCCUACUCGGGAAUGUAUGUAUAUCUUGAGUUAGGCUCUUUGAUUCCGAGGUCAGGCGGAACGAAAGUAUUUCUCGAGUGCAUUUAUGGAAAACCAUAUAUGUUGAUGAGCGUAACCGUUUCGCUAUACUCUGUGGUUUCAGGCUUUACCAUUCUGAACAUCAUUGUUUUUGGAGAAUACAUUUUGCACGCAUUCAAUAUUUCACCAACAGACUUUAGAGUUAGAGGUAUGGGUCUCAUAUUUUUGUAUGUUACAUGUUGUAUCCAUGGCUUCAGUGUGCGCCAUGGUGUGAAAGUACAAAACUUUAUCGGGUUCCUAAAGUUAUUAUUGGCAGCUCUCAUAGUUGGUACAGGUAUUUGGGUGGUUUUCUUUCCCAGCUCCAUCACACAUAUCGAGCCACAGCUAUCAUAUGGGAACUUUUAUCCCGUUAAAACUUCGAUUACUCUUUCAUCUUUUGCGAGUGCAGUGAUCAAAGGCACAUUUGCAUAUGGAGGAUGGAAUUCGAUUCACACCGUAUCAAAUGAAAUAAUUGACCCCGUCAGGACACUUAAGAUUGCCGGUCCUGUUUCGUUAGGUAUCAUUACAAUCACAUAUGUCGUGAUCAACAUCACUUAUUUUAGUGGUCAUUCCAGAUUCGGAGCUCGCAUCAAGCGGCCAAUUAGUUGGCGCUGUAUUGUUCGAAACUGUUUUUGGUCGCCGUUUUGGACGCCAGUUCCUAAACCUUGUCGUCCCGCUCUCUGUACCGGGGGCAAUGGUAUUUGUUGUCUUAUACACCAUCUCGCGUACUAG